GUAAACGUAGACUUCCGGUAACCUUUUUACUAUAUAUAAAGUUGUUACCGGUAUUGAACACUUUCCGUCAAAUUUUUCCUCAAUUCGCAAGAACAGAAAAAAAUGGCUCCAGUUUUAGGCUAUUGGAAAAUUAGAGGUUUAGCUCAACCGAUAAGAUUGAUGCUAAAAUAUUGUAAUAUUGAAUUCGAAGAUAAAUACUACGAAUGCGGACCAGCACCAGAUUUCAGUAGAGAAUGUUGGUUGAAGGAGAAGUUUACUCUUGGUUUAGAUUUUCCAAAUUUGCCCUAUUAUAUUGAUGGAGAUGUAAAACUCACUCAGAGUAGAGCCAUUUUACAUUACAUUGGUAAAAAACACGGCCUUUGCGGUAAAACUGAUGAAGAACAAUUGAAAGUCUGUUUGAUGACUGAUGAAGUUGGAGACUUUAGAAGUGCAUUUACUAGAAUUUGCUAUGGAGCACCUAGUGUCGAGGCCUUUGAAAGUAUGAAAGUUGAUUAUUUGGCUUCAUUGGAUGGUAAAUUACAAAGAUUUGAGGAUUAUCUUAAGAAAAAUGAAUCUGUUGGAAAGUGGCUUGCGGGAGAAAAUCUAAGCUACGCCGACUUCUAUUUCUACGAAAUUUUGGAUCAUCAUAGAAUUUUCAAGGAAGGAUGUUUAGAUAAAUAUACUAAACUUACUGCUUACAUGAAGACUUUCGAGGAACUUCCCGCUAUUAAAGAAUAUUUAGCGAGCAAAGAAUUUUUGAAGUAUCCUUUGAACAACAAAAUCGCAAAAUUUGGCGGCAAUUAA